AUGGCACCUCCUUCCAAGCUCGCCGUUGCGACCGGCUCUGUCACUCGAUUGGUCAAAGAGGAAGCCAGCUACCACAAGGAGCUGGUGCAGCAGGCGGAGCGCAUCAAGAAGCUUGAAGCCAGCGAAGGCGACGAGAACAAGGAGUACACGCUGCGACAAGAGAAGCAAGCCCGCCAAGAGACCCAGAAUGUGUUCCCGGCCAUUCGAGCAAGGAUCGAGCAGGCUGUCGAGAAGCUCGAGGCCGAACUCGAGAACAGCAACAACACCGGUGGUAACGCAGACGAGAUCAAGAAAGCAGAGGAUGCACUAGCGGCCGGAAGAAAGGUGAUUGCUGAGGGAUCAUGA